CCCCAGAUCAUUGUCCUCCCCCAUACAGGUCUAAUACUUGUACGGGGAAUAUUGGCUCACGGCGAGGUUGGUCCAAUCGGAAUGAUCGGGAGCUUGAGUCGUUGCAAUCAUGCCUCGUCUCCCUGAAUUGCCAACAACGGUGGCCGCUGCCGCAACGCUGUUCACCGUUGGAGCAUAUCUCAAUGCGAAGCUCGGAAUCGGAUACGAUUUAAGACGUUUGAGACAUCAGAAAGAAGCCACGGCUAGGAUCGCGGAAAGUUACCAGAAAUUUGGGUCCGAUAUAUCAUUGUAUCAAUACCUAGAAUUUGCAGACCAAGAUGCAGAUGCCAUUUGGUUUGAAGGCAAGACGAUAAACUACAGAGAUCUCAAAGCAAAGGUCGAUGCACUUGCUCAAUACUUGUCUUAUCAUGGGGUUCGAGCUGGCCAAGUCGUUGGCAUCUUGGCCACGAACUCUCCUGAGAUGGGAAUCUUGAUGUGUGCCAUCUCAAAGCUUGGAGCAAUAUCUGGAAUGCUGAACACAGCACUGAAAAGUGAUACUCUCUCACAUUGUAUCAAAGUUGCAAAUACGAACAUCGUGGUCGCAACACCGGAUCUCGUUGCAAAUGUCCCAUCAACAAUCGGAUCAGAGCCAUUGAAGAUAUUCUCUCUCAAUCUAGGCUACGUCGGGCCAUUCCUCACCGAAAGAACCCCAGGUAUCUCAUUCACAAUCAUCGAACCAAACAACCUUACGAAUCUUCCUCCCAUUGCCUCUGGAACAGGAAACCCCACCGACUUCUACCUCCUGGUCUUCACCUCCGGUACAACAGGUAAACCAAAAGCCGUCCAACUCCCCAAAGCCUACCUGUAUGGCCUCGCCAUGAAAUCGCCCCUCGACCUCGAAAACCCCAAAAAGUACUUCCCAAUCCGCACCUACUCCUGCCUCCCGCUAUUCCACGCCACCGCUCUCCUCGGUUUUGUGUCAGCAAUGGGAAAUUCCUCUUGUUUCUGUAUAUCCCGUAAAUUUUCGGCCUCAAACUUCUCCCGAGAGCUGUUCGAAAGUAAAGCUAACCGCAUGCUCUACGUCGGCGAAGUCUGUCGCUACCUUCUGGCUGCUCCAAAAUCAGAAUUCGACCGCAAACACAAUUGCAUCGUGGCGGUAGGAAAUGGACUUCAGAAAGACGUGUGGAUACGCUUCCAAGAACGUUUUGGAAUUCAGGAAAUUAGAGAGAUUUAUCGAUCUAGCGAAGGUUUGUAUAAAUUCGACAAUUUCUACGGAGGUGCGCAAGCAGCUGGCAAAGUCGGCUAUGCGGGCCUCAUUGGCAGGAUAUUAGAAGAUGAUACAUUUCUACUUAAAUUCUCGCAAGACUCGCAAGAUCUGUAUCGAGAUCCUAGGACGGGAUUCUGUGUUUUGGCAAAAGAUGGGGAGCCGGGCGAAGCGGUGGCGCGAAUUAGGACAAUGCAGGGCUAUCCGGCGUAUCAUGGUGAUAAGGAAGCUACAGAAAAGAAAUUCGCGAGAGAUGUUUUCAAGAAGGGAGAUUUGUUUCAGCGAAGUGGAGAUCUUUUGGUUAGGGAUGAGGAUGGAUGGGUCAGAUUUUAUGAAAGAAUAGGAGAGACGUUUAGGUGGAAAGGGGAGAAUGUUAGUACUGGAGAAGUGAAAGGCUUCAUGUUGGAAUUGCCGAACGUGAAUGAUGUUGUUGUGUAUGGGACAAAAUUGGAAGGCUAUGACGGCCAAGUCGGAACCGCCUCGAUCGUCCUGCAAGAGCCGAACGCAGCUGCAGAAGCGUCUUAUUUGGAAGAGCUUUAUCUGCACCUACGAUCUCGCGGCCUACCCGAAUACGCCAUCCCGCGCUUGAUUCGCUUUACUAAACAAAUCGACACAGGCGCAACAUUCAAACACGCAAAAGAGGUGCUCAAACUUCGACCUUGGGCUCCAGACCAAGUGAUCGACGAUCAUCUCUAUUGGCUCGACAAUGGCGUCUACAAGCCUUUGGACAUGGAGUCUUGGAGUGGGAUUCAAAGGGCGAGAGCUAAGCUAUGAAUUCUAUGUGACUUCUGGGUUACUUUUCGACUCGUAUCAAACAAGCACAUCUUCAUCAAAGAAUUGUCUUCCGGUCACAAUUUUUCUCUGCAUCAAAACCAACAUCUCAUUUCCACCACAAGAAUUACAG